AGAUAGGCCAAAAUGGACUAGCCAGGCUUGCUUUUCCACCUCAACAAUUAUAUAAAAAGUGGGUCCUUUCCUUUAUUUCCCUCCAUUCCGAAGAUGGAGAAGGAGGAGGAGGGUGGUUUUACGCGACUUGCCUCAUUCGUCUGCGAUUGCGAGCCUUUGACGGAGGAUGACCUGGAAGCCAUCGAUGCCUCUCUUUCCAAUAACAAAAAACGUCCAUUCAACGAUCACACUCACACUCCUCGUCGUCGCUUGCCCAAAUCGCUUAUCGCUCUUCAACACCCAAACGCUUCUUCUUUCUCGCCCCAUCCCCGUCCAUGCGAUUCAAGAAUGACAUUGCCUGUAAUGAAGUUUAGUGGUCAAAUUUCUUAUAGCAGGACUUUUGAUGCUGUAGAGAAAGCUGCAACAAAGCUCUUACAAAUUCUCCAAGAAAAAACGACCGACAUGAUGCAAACUGCAAUUGGAUUUGACAUUGAGUGGAAACCCACCUUCAGAAAAGGUGUUCCUCCCGGAAAGGUAGCAGUGAUGCAGAUAUGUGGUGACACUAGACAUUGUCAUGUUCUACAUCUAAUUCAUUCUGGAAUCCCUCAAAAUUUACAGCUUUUGCUUGAAGAUCCCACAGUCUUGAAGGUUGGAGCUGGGAUUGAUGGUGAUGCUGUGAAGGUUUUUAGAGAUUAUAACAUAUCUGUUAAAGGUGUGACGGAUCUUUCUUUUCAUGCUAAUCAAAAGCUUGGUGGAGAUCAUAAGUGGGGUCUUGCAUCGUUGACUGAAAAACUUCUAUCAAAACAGCUUAAAAAGCCCAACAAAAUAAGACUGGGAAAUUGGGAGGCUCCUGUUUUGUCAAAGGAGCAACUAGAGUAUGCUGCAACAGAUGCUUUUGCUUCUUGGUGUCUUUAUCAGGCGAUUAAAGAUCUCCCGGACGCCCAGAAAGUCACUGACAGAAGUGGCCAAGUUGAUGCUGUACCGCAAGAAUGACUACAUCUUUAGUGUGUAUUGAAUUUCAUUUCUAUUAAAUAUUAAUCAUUUGUCAUGUACUAAUUAUCUGUUGUAAUCUGUAAAAAUAAAAAAUCUGUUGUAACAUUUUAUUUUUGCUGCUUGGACACCCAUAGGAGAGUGAAAAUCCCCUUUUGGGAGUAAGAUAAGAAAAUAGAAAGGAAUAGAUAAAAUGGCUGAUGUGAUUAAAAAACGAUGGACAUGAUGUCUAUUGGGCG